AUGGCGGGACGAUCUCCAGCAAUAGCAUGUAUUGGAGUCAUAGGAAGAAAGAAUAAUCCGCUUCACAUAUCUCUCUUUCCGCCAGGCAAACGCCCAGCUCUGGAAUUCUCGUUUUUAUUAUCGUCCUGUUUAGAUAUUUUCGAGGCUCGAAUGCCUUACCGGACAGCCGAGCAAGAUUUUGGACUCCUUCAAGCAGUUGACGAGCGUCUCGCAAUGUAUGGUUGGGUCACCAGUACGGGAGUCAAAUUCGUCAUCGUCGUGGAUAUGGAGGGUGGAGCGACCCCAUCAACUGGAAAGAAUCCAGGCGCAGUUGGGUUACGGGAUGCAGAUUUAAAGCCUGCAUUCCGAGCCCUACAGACGGCUUAUAUUGGGCUGUUGAGGAAUCCUUUUUACGACCCUGACCAACACUCAGUUCUGCCAAACAAGUCUGAGCAGUCGUUUGAAUCAAGCCAGAUCACGAGUGAGAAGUUCAUUAGCGAAGUGAGGAGGAUUGGAGAGAAAUGGGCACCAGGGGUCACAAGUCUGUAGAGCCAUUUAUGGUUGACGAGUCACUAUUGUACACGAAGCCAUCCUCUUUGCCUACCGCUACUCAACAGUCCAGAGUAUCGACCAUAAAAGGAUUUGCGCCAGAUAUGAAAGACGGUUUCACGAUAUGGAUCACUCAGAGUGAAGUACAGGGGAUGGGAGCAUUUCCGAGGAUUGGCCGAGUAUACCCGGUUACACCUCAUGGACUGGAAUCGAUACAGUUCAAUCUUUCAUUCGAAAUCCUGAAAUGUCGCCUUUCCCGCCUGUUUCACGGGAAUUGGCUAUCACCAAUCCCCUGGUACUCUACCAAAGUCUGGUUGCCACCAAAAGGAUCUUGCCUGAUCCGGCCCAAUAUAGAUUAGGUACGUCACUGACGACGAGACGAGUUAGUAGCAUUGUCGAGGCAUAUAUAGCUAAACG